AUUACCCACAAUGCAACUGGACGCCAUGCUUCUUCCGUUCUGACCAUUUUCUGUGUUUCUGUGAAAAAUUUAAUUAAAAGACGAAAGUAACUAAUUAAAAUAUAUCUGCCCCACAAUGGGAUCCGGUCCAGUAGAAAGACUUCGUCAACUUGAAAUGAUUGAGCGUGAUAUAGCUACAGCAAUUCAUAGUUCAGGUCAAGCUCUGCAAGAACUAUCCAAAGACAAACCAAGUAUGAAGCAAGUGGAAAGUCACACUACCAGCUUCAUUAAAACACUUGAAAGUGUUGAGAUUGGACUUACAAAGCAAAUCAACUAUCUCACUCAGGUGUCUACAGGUCAACCCCAUGAAGGUUCUUGUUAUGCAGCACAGAAAGAUCUCCUGAUGGCCAUGCAUAGAGUUGAACAUGUCAAAAGCAGACUUAAUGAACUUGAAAAAAUUCACAAUGAACAUUUACAUGGUUACCUUGCAUCUUCUCCACAAGGCUCUGGCAUGCGCAAGCUAUUUCAAUCAUCACAGAUUUAAGCUAAAUUAGCAAUAUGGGAAGCUGGACUUAAUUUGAUAUAGUAAGUACCAUAUCAAUCCAGGAUUCACAUGAGACUAUCAUUUCUCUAAGGAGUGAUUAUCUGCUUUCAUCAUCAUCAUUUAACAUCUGUUUUCCAUGCUGGCAUGUCAAGAAAAAAAGAAUGUGAAUUAAGAUUGAAGCAUGUAGGGAUUUUAGAAAAAGGGCAUGGAACUUUUGGUAAAUAAGAUUCUUGCCCAAAGAGACAAUGCAUCAGACCAGUUUUUCAUAGACUAUAUACAUUGAUUUCUUAUACAAAAUAUUUCCCUUCUUCCUAAAAGCCUUUGAAGAAAUCAAUCACAAUAAAUUCUUGGCUGUUAGAUUCUCCAGUCUGGUUUCAGCUUCAACAUCAGUCCCUGCAUUAAUCUUAAAUGCACCAUCAUAUCCCUAAAGUUGUCAUUACAUCUAAAGAAUCAUUAUCAAAAGACUUAAUUUUAUGAAAUAAAGUGUCUUUUCUAUACUUAUUGCA